AUGUGUCUCUUCCUGAUCUCUCUAUUCCUCUCCUCCUACUCUUCCUCCUCUUACUCUCCUUCUGCUGUCCCCCCAAAUCUGUCAUGGACAGACAAUGUGACAGUGGAGGAGUUUAGUGACAUGGUGCUGUCCUGUCCCGUCUAUGCCAACCCCCCUGUGACGGUGUCGUGGCUGCUGGAUGGGGAGGCCCUAGACCUGGUCAGCGGUGGUUACACCCUGUACCAGGACGGCAGAGAGGCCAAGGUCACCAUCACCAAGGCCCUAACGGACAUCCACCCAGGACUCCUCAGCUGUAUGGCAACAUUCAUAGAGUAUGGAGAUGGAGACACCACCAAGUUCUUCCAGCUCACUGUGGAAAGUUAG